AAAAGAUUUUUUUCUUCUUUUAUUUUAAUAAAAAAUAUUGUUUGAAAGAAAGAUCAAGUGUGGCCCAACCUCCUCAAAGCUAAUAACCCUUUUGAGUUCCAAUUCUGGGUGCUUAUAAUUUGUAACAUAUAAAGCAUUAUCUGACACCCCUUUUGGCUUUGGCUCUCAAAAUCAAGCACAAAUCGAUCUGGGUUAUUGGGUUAGAUUAAUAGGAUUUUGAGGAACUUGACUUGUAUAUCAGUUGAAAAAGAUGAAAGGAGCUGCCCUUGUGGCUAUUGCUGCUACAAUUGGUAACUUUCUCCAAGGCUGGGAUAAUGCUACAAUUGCUGGGGCUAUUGUUUACAUAAAGAAGGAUCUGGCUUUGGAAACAACUGUGGAAGGCUUAGUUGUGGCCAUGUCACUCAUUGGAGCAACAGCCAUUACAACAUGCUCUGGAGCUAUAUCAGAUUGGCUUGGCCGAAGGCCAAUGUUGAUUGCCUCAUCUAUUCUCUACUUCAUAAGUAGUUUGGUGAUGUUGUGGUCUCCCAAUGUGACUGUCCUAUGCAUAGGAAGGCUUUUAGAUGGUUUUGGAAUUGGUCUAGCUGUUACUCUUGUUCCUAUCUACAUAUCUGAGACCGCUCCUUCAGAAAUAAGGGGAUUGCUAAACACUCUUCCACAGUUCACCGGUUCAGGCGGCAUGUUUCUAUCUUACUGUAUGAUUUUUGGAAUGUCACUGUUGGACUCACCUAGCUGGAGGUUGAUGCUCGGAGUUCUAUCCAUUCCCUCUCUUAUUUACAUUGUUUUUACCAUCUUUUACUUGCCUGAGUCUCCUCGGUGGCUUGUGAGUAAAGGCAAGAUGAUCGAGGCGAAAAAAGUUCUUCAGCAAUUACGCGGGGUGGAUGACGUUUCAGGGGAGAUGGCUUUACUGGUAGAAGGUCUGGGAAUUGGAGGUGAAACUUCUAUAGAGGAGUACAUUAUAGGCCCUGCCUAUGAACUUCAAGAUGGCCAAGAAGAUAGUGAGAAAGACAGAAUCAGGUUGUAUGGACCAGACAAGGGUCUUUCCUGGGUUGCCAAACCUGUAGAAGGACAGAGUUCUCUUGGUCUUGUCUCUCGCCAUGGAAGCCUGGCAAACCAAAGCAUGUCUCUAAUGGACCCUCUAGUGACUCUAUUUGGUAGCGUCCAUGAAAAGCUCCCUGAGACAGGCAGUACGAGAAGUAUGCUCUUUCCAAAUUUCGGCAGCAUGUAUAGCACAGCCGAUACUCGGGUUAAGCAUGACCAUUGGGAUGAGGAGAGCUUGCAAGGACAAGGUGAGGAUUACAUGUCAGACGCUGCAGACGCAGACUCAGAUGACAAUCUGCACAGUCCCUUGAUUUCGCGUCAGACCACAAGCAUGGAAAAGGAGAUGGUACAUCCUGCUUCCCACGGAAGUAGUUUGAGCAUGAGAGGCCAUAGCACGCUUGUGGAGGGGGGAGGGGAGACGGUCGGCAAUACAGGUAUUGGUGGCGGCUGGCAGUUGGCAUGGAAAUGGUCGGAGAAAGAAGGUGAGGACGGAAAGAAGGAAGGAGGAUUCAAAAGGAUUUAUCUCCAUGAGGGAGUCCCUGUUUCUCGACGUGGAUCUCUUGUUUCACUUCCUGGUGCUGAUAUUCCUGCAGAAGACGAGGUAAUCCAGGCUGCUGCGCUUGUAAGCCAGCCUGCUCUUUAUUCAAAGGAGCUCAUGGAUAAGUACAAUGUUGGACCUGCAAUGGUUCACCCAUCCGAAACUGCUUCAAAAGGGCCUGUUUGGGCUGCUCUUCUUGAACCCGGGGUUAAGCAUGCAUUAAUUGUUGGAGUAGGAAUUCAAAUCCUUCAACAGUUUUCUGGAAUAAAUGGGGUUCUGUACUACACUCCUCAAAUUUUGGAAGAGGCAGGUGUUGAAGUUCUUCUUUCGAACAUGGGACUUGGUACAGAGUCUGCUUCAUUUCUCAUAAGUGCAUUCACAACCUUGUUGAUGCUUCCUUGUAUAGGUGUAGCCAUGAGGCUUAUGGACAUCUCUGGUCGGAGGCGGCUGCUGCUGGUCACAAUCCCAGUGCUCAUAGUGUCAUUGACAAUUCUAGUAAUCGGGAAUUUAGUAAGUUUGGGGACCAUUGUUCAUGCAGUAAUCUCAACAGUCUGUGUUGUGGUAUACUUUUGUUGCUUCGUGAUGGCGUAUGGACCGAUACCAAACAUCCUUUGCUCAGAGAUCUUCCCAACUAGAGUUCGUGGCCUCUGCAUUGCCAUCUGCGCGCUGGCGUUCUGGAUAGGCGACAUUAUCGUCACCUACUCACUGCCUGUGCUGCUGACUUCAAUAGGGUUGGCCGGCAUCUUUGGAAUCUUUGCUGUGGUGUGCCUCGUCUCUUGGAUUUUUGUCUUCUUAAAGGUUCCUGAAACGAAAGGCAUGCCUCUUGAGGUCAUUACUGAGUUCUUUUCUGUUGGUGCAAGACAAGCUGCUGAGGCAAAGAGUGACUGAAUGAGCCAUUGGAAGCACUCGACAUUCCUUUCUUUCCAAGAGAUUUCUAGAAGGCCAACUAAACAUUUCUAUUUUUCUCCCUUCAAUUUUGAAUUAGUGUAUAAUUAAAAACAAAUUAUUCGAAGAUUCAUCUUAUUUAAAAAUAAAAAGUAAAAAGCAUCCUAUUUUUAUUUUUCGAA